AGUCUUUCUUUGAGUUGCUCUGCUGGCGUGCUAUCUGUGAAUAGCGUCGUUCCUUACCUUUCUACUUUCCUUUCGUUUCUUGACCAGCCUGCUGUGCGGGACUCUAUUCCCUUCUUGGCCUCUGGAGCACCCCUUGACCACACGUUCUCUCCCUUGCGACAUGGUCUCUACCCUCUCUUCACUGCUCGCCUUGGCCGCCUUGGCUGGUGCCACUCCCCUCCGUUCUCGAGCCGUGGAUUCAUUGAAUGAAGAAGCCACUGCAGAAGCCCAUCAGCGAGAUGGCACGGCCACUCGGGCAUUCUCUAACGUCCAGAUCAAGACGUCGGACGGCAAAUGCCUUUUUGUUGACAAGCUCUCGGGCGACUUUCGCGCCAACUUGACUCCAAUUCAGGUCGCUGACUGCGGGUCGACCGAUGGACAAGGCUGGGACAUCGUCACCGCAGGCAAGCACAUUGAAGGCGACAAUGUAAUGCUUAUUGUCAGCACCUUGACCCAGGCCUGUUUCAACUUUGAUCCGCGUCGCCGGGGAGGGAACCAGGUUUUGCUCUUUUCUUGCGGCGGCCGAGCAGACGGAGGCGGGGAGAUAACCAACUCCCAGCUCUUCGCCUUCGACGGUGGUGCUGGCCCACUCUCUUUCCAGCCCAAGAACCAGGCGGGAUCUUGUCUUGUUGUCAAAGGCAAUGUCAUUGACGUCGCCAACUGCAACGACGGUGAUGCCAAUCAAUCCUUCAGUUUCGGGGACGCCGCAGCAGGGGGUGGUAACAACAACAACGGCGGCAACAACAACAACAAUGGCGGCAACAACAACAACUGUGCCGGCAACAACGGUGGCAAUAUUAUCAAUGCAAGGAGGUCAGCCUCGAGCUGCACCCCCUCUACACGUACGAUAACCGUUGCGCCCACCCAAAGUGAGGGCAGCACAGCAAAACAGACAUCGACUGCCGCUGCGGCGCAAACGACAGGCAUCACCCCCGCAGACGGGAAUGGAGGUGCCGAAGGCGGAGCUGGGACGGGCGGUAUCCCAACAGUGAACCCCACCGAUCCGGUACCCGUGUCUCGGGCCGGCGGCACGCUGCAGCCCACGGCAGCGGCCGAGUCGCACGAGCGAGACGAGACAGCCACGCGAGCCUUCAGCGGCGUCUCCAUCCGCGCACCGAACGGCCAAUGCCUCUUCGUUGACCCGACAGCAGGUGACUUCCGCCAGAAUCUGAUCCCGAUCUCCCUGGUGGACUGCUCUGGCUCCCCCAACGAGAAAUGGGAUGUCAUCACCGAGGGCAAGCACAACAAGCCGAAUCCGAAUCGCCCCGCGGCCUUGGUUGUUAGCGCAUUGACCCAGGGCUGCAUCAGCUUCGAUGGGAGACGUCAAGCGGGCGAUACCGUCACCUUGUUCUCUUGUGGCGGGCGUGCUGAUGGCGAUGGUGAGACGGAUGGCAAUCAGUUGUUCCCCUUCAUCGGACAGACAAGCUUCGCGUUUGCGCCAGGAAACGAGAACAAUCGGACCUGCAUCCUGCCUGGGAAUGGCAGGCUCGAAUCAGGUUCGUGCCCUGACGAUGGCUCUCAGCUGUUUUCCAUCUUCGAGUGAAGUGGAAGUUGGCGGUAUCCAUGCUCCUGGA